CAUGAACUUUGCAUUGGUUUCAGAACUCCCGGAACACAUUGGCAGAUGCUCGAGAAGCAAGGAAAGAGAGGUGUUCUGUUCGAAGAACCACCCUGAAGUCCGAAUGAGUUCUCGAAGUAUAGUCUCUGUUCCGCGUCGAACAGCGCAUUUUUUUUUUUUUUUUUUUGCCAAACUCGAUGUCAGUAUGGCGAUCAGGGUGAUUGCUUUCGAGAACAGUGGCUUGCCUCGACGGACAGUUCUCCCUGUGCUCGCGCCAUGGGCCUUCACUGGUUAUAUAACACAUCCCUCAACUCUCGGACUUCUGGAUUCCUUUCUCUUUCUUUUUCAUUGCAUAACUUCAAUACUUCACGAACCAAACAGACUUCGGAGCUCCUGCAGUGCAGCUUACUGCCUUUGCUUCGGAGUUGCCCACACAAGACAACACUACACCACACGGAUCGCCCUUCGUCCCACACAACAGCCAACAUGUGUCGCACUCGUUACAUCUACGAGUGCGGCCACCGACGGGACGAGAAGAACGGUUCCUGUGGAUUUGACACCAUAUGGCGCAAGGCCCUCCUUGCAGAAAAGCGCCACAAGAUCACAAAGGUCCGAAAAGAUCGUCUUUGCCGGGCCUGUCGGUCCAACACGGAUGAAAAGACAGCAGAUAGGGCUAGCAAGACGGCAAAGAAGCAUCGCGAAGACCACCACAAGCGGCGUGACACGGGAGGAAAACGAAACCGUGAGGCUAGGAAUGAGGAACCCAACAUUCGUCCCUCUGUCGAGGAGCGCCAUCGGACACCUCCCGUUCCACCCGUGCCUAUUGAUGAUGGCUAUCGCAGCAGGCACAAAUCAGGCCAGUCUGGACGCUCGCAAAAUUCUCGCCGCCGCAUGACAGAGGAUGCUCCGGAGCGACAAGAUGAACAUAUCCAAGACGAAGACCCGUGGAACAUCCCUCGUCCCGAAGCUCCUGGCCCCUACACCGAGCGCGUGGAGGAUUGGGUGUACAGCACCGACGACCCCUCUACCAUUGGCUUCGUCGGCGCUACCGCAGCCAACGUUCUGGAUGAAUCGACUGGCAAGAUUUAUGGCGAGGAAAAGGAGCAGGAGCCCUUUCUCCCAGCCCGCGCAUUCUGGCCCAAACCUCAACGACGAUCCAACCCUGACGGUCCCACGCAGGGCCCUGUCAACGUUCACCCCCGCCCCGCAAGCUCUGUCUACUCUGCUCGGCCCGGAUUCCGAAGGGAUGCCGAAGACAGCAUCGCCAAUGGCCAAGGCAGAUACGAUGAUGGCCAAAGUGCCGUGGGCACGAUCUGGGAGACAGAGUAUCGCGUUGACUCUGAUGACGAAGCACCUCCCGUGCCUGCCAUUCCCUCUGGGUUUGUUGACCCUUACGACACGACCAAAACGAGCCAGAAUGAUCCUUUCUACUUUGACUUGAAAUCACUCGUAGGAUCGGAGACUGCUGCUCGCGUCCUAGGAGACGAGACGGAGAAUGACCAGUGGCCCACGGCCGACAACUCAUGGCCCGAGCCGCUUGUCAUUCCUGCUGACCGCCGCUCCAUGACCACCAACACCGAGAUUGGGUACUUCCGCGACCUCCGCAUCGAGCACAACCGCAAGAUGAAGAACUACAUUCCACCAGAGGAGCGCGCCCGCAUGGAGCGCGAGAACUCUCGCAAAAUGGAGCAGAUCAAGGAGGAGUGGCGCGCAAACGCAAGGCGGGUUUCCAACGAGACAGAGAUGAUGGCCCAAACCCAAGGUAGCUCAUUGUCUCGCUCCGUGACAGAUGAAACCGCGCCAACCUCAUACAACACAACGCCUGUGAAGAGGAACCGAGCCACAGCCACACAGGCAGACUUAGAAUACCCUCGUAAGUACAACUUGGCAGGCGCUCUGCGUGAUCCUCGCUACCACGGGCGCAUGAAUCCUGGUAUUAACCCCACGCCUUCGAGCUGUGGCAGCCAGGUCUACUCGCAUCCCCGCAAACCGCCCGUCGUCCCUCAAGCACCCAUUCCAGAGGAGCAGAAGCAGAAGCAAGACCAUAGAACGACAGUGGAGACAACUUGGUCGCAGAUUCUGCCGCGCGAUCCCAAGUAUGAUCUUGGAACAGCGCGAGGCCCGCUCCCCAUGGUGCGUCCGAAGGACAUCCGACGCUAUGAGCGCGAGGAAACGGCGAAGAAGAAGGCCGAGAAGGCCGAGACCAAGAAGAAGGGCAAAAGUGACAAGAAGCCCGCCGUCUUUGGCCAGGGCUUCCUCAAUGCUCUGGGCAUGAGCCGCCACGAGCCCUCCCUCGAGUCCUUUGCUUGUGCAGAAGCCACUCGACAUGACUCACUGCACAGCCAGAGCACCCAAUGCUCUCACAAGUCUGGCCGGUCCAGCAAUAAGUCGCACAAGUCCUCUCACAGCAACAAGAGGCGUUAGACAGCGCGCAGACAGACAUGGUAAGUCGAGCCACGAUUCGACCCACACUGACUUUUGCUAACAGAUUUUCUUUUGUUUUUGCUUUACAAUCUUGCUUGACUUUUCUCGAUGGAACAAAAAUAGAAAUCAGAAACCACAUAAAUCAACCAUAUCGCUAGCGCAUAAUCACACAUGCUUCCCCCCAACCUCGAACUCAUCUUACA